AUGUCUUACUGGGUAGAGGUGCUGCUGCUUCACAGCAAACAGCAGCAGCAGCAACAACAACAACAGCAGCAGCAGCAGCAGGAGCACCAGCAGCAGGAGCAGCAGGGCAAGCAACAGGGCAAGCAGCACCAGCAGGAAGGAAAGAGACAGCAGCAGCGAGCCAAAGACCAGCAGCAGGAACAGCAGCACAAGCAGCAGCAGCAGCAGCUAACCGGAGACCAGGAGCACCAGCAGCAGCAGCAGCAGCAGCAGCAGCAGCAGCAGGUAUUCAGCAGCAAGAUACAGAGCCUAGUCUCUUCUCCCUCCCACUAA